AUGGCUUCUUCAGCAAGAAACCAUCGGUGCUUGUUGUUUUGUCUCGUGACGACGAUCAUGAUAACUUCGUCUUACGGUCAAGAGUCUGAACCAACUCUCCUCUUUAAAUUCAAAUCUUCGCUCGAAAACGCCACGUCAUCAUCAUCACUCGGAAACUGGAAUUCAUCGGUGCCGCUUUGCACCGGCAACAAUUCAAAUUGGAACGGAUUGCUUUGCUUCAACGGAAAAUUCUACGGUCUCCGUCUCGAAUCGAUGGGAUUAUCGGGGAAUCUUGACGUCGAUACGCUUUCUCAGUUGACUAAUUUGCUUACUAUAAGUAUUAUGAAUAAUAAUUUCGAAGGUCCGUUUCCGAACGUGAAGAAAAUCGGAGGUCGAUUGAGAGGUGUGUUUUUGUCGAAUAAUCGAUUUUCCGGUGAGUUGCCGGACGAUGCUUUCGCCGGGAUGAAGUCGAUAAGGAGAAUUUUAAUGGCGAAUAAUGAGUUUACAGGGAAGAUUCCGACGUCGUUAUUGGGAAUUCCGAAGCUUGUUGAGCUGCAGAUACAAAAUAACAAAUUCAAUGGAACAAUACCGGCGUUUAGUCAGAAGGAUUUUCAAAUAAAUGCUGCAAAUAAUAGACUUGAAGGUCCAAUACCAUCUCAGCUUAGCAGCCAAAGUGCAAGCUCGUUUGCAGGUUAG